UGACUUUUUUCUUAAGAUAAAAAGCAGUAGACUCUCAUGAUGAUAAAAAUUUGUUCUCUAUAGGAAGUAAAAAGACAACCUUUGGAGCCAUCAGAUGCCAUGAAACAGAAACAAUGGAAGUCCGAAGAAGAUAACAAGACCGUCGUCCAUAGACAACCAAUUCUUGAUUUUGGUGAGGAGCCAGUUAAAAAUUUAGAUGCAAAGUUGGAGAUUCUGAAGUUUAAUUACAGUUGGGUGGAUGAGGUGGAGAGAGAAGAAAGAAUGACCGAGGAAGCAAAAUGGAAAGCUUUGGAACCUACAGAUGUCAUGAAACAGAAACAAUGGCCGUCAGACGAUAAUAACAGAUCCAUUUAUGGACAAGCAUUUCUGGAUUUUGGCGAGGAGCCAGUUACAAAUUUAGAUGUUAAGCUAGAUAUUUUAAAGUUUAACUAUAGCUGGGCUACAGAAGUUGAAGAACACGAAAGAAGAACGAAGGAAGCUCAAUUACAAAGCAAAGAUCAAGAAGACGCAACAGAAAAAGAAAUUCAAAAAUCAGUUCCGAUUGAAGAGGUAAAGGUGAAGAUUCCAGAGAAACCCCAGAAAGUUACCCCAGAAGACCAGGCAAGAGAGAUGACAAAGGUCCAAAAUGCAAAGGAAGAGGUGCAGGAGAAGACGAAUAACGGUUUAAGCCACUGA